UAAUUUCUGAACUAUUACCAAAUAAGAAACGUACUAGUAGUAUAUCUAUCGCUGAUAUUAAUCUUAACGAAUGUGAAACAGAAUCAUCUUCAAAGUCAUCUACAAAACAACCAUCCUCAACACCAGUGACUGUAACGCAAUACAUAACUCCAACUCCAACACGAGUAACAGUGACUGUAACACAUUACAUAACUCCAGCCCCAACACCAGCAGAGACU